AUGCCUGUGCAGGAGAUGGCGGUGAGUCCUGUCAAGUCUUUGUACUGGGAGCAGUUCCCCCCCAUGUCGCAGUGCCGCGUCUACUGCACGCCUGUCUACCACGAAGGCCUGAUCUAUGUGCUGGGGGGCUGCAGCGAGACUGGUAUGCCUCUGGACAGUGUUGAGGUUCUGGAUGUAGAGAGCCAGACGUGGAGCCAACUGCCUCCACUGCCUACAGCACGGGCAGGGGCCUCAGCUGUGGUGCUGGGGGGCCAGGUGAUGGUGCUUGGGGGCAUGAAUCAGCAGCAGACCCCUCUGGCUUCUGUGGAAAUGUACCAUCCCGAUGACGGCAAAUGGGAGACGAAGGCAAGUCUGGGUCAGCCGUCCAUGGGAGUCACCACUGUGGAGAAAGAUGGAAAACUGUAUGCGCUGGGGGGUAUGGGAGCAGACACUACACCGCAGGCCCUGGUUAGGGUGUAUGAGGCAGAGAAGGACCAAUGGCAGCCAAUGACAUCUAUGCCCACACCGCGGUAUGGAGCCACACCCUUCGUAAGAGGAACCAAAAUCUACGUGAUGGGUGGUCGCCAGGGAAAGAUGCCGGUGACAGCGCUGGAGGCUUUUGACCUGGAGAUGAAGAGCUGGACACGUUACCCCUGUAUCCCCAGUCGGAGGGCCUUUUCCUGCUGCGCCUCAAAUGAGCGAAGCCUCUUCAGCCUCGGGGGCCUACAGCAGCCGGGGCCGCACAACUUCUACUCCAGACCUCACUUUGUCAGCACAACAGAGGAGUAUGAUCUGGAUCAAGGGAUUUGGAUAAAACCCACUCGGACAUCCAGGAUGAGGGAGAAGAGAGCUGACUUUGUGGCAGGAUGCCUGGGAGGAAGAGUCAUCAUUGCUGGUGGUUUAGGUAACGAACCUUCGCCGCUGGGCUCGGUGGAGAGCUACAACCCGGUGAAGCGCCGCUGGGAGUAUGUGGUGCCCAUGCCCACCGCACGCUGCUCCUCUGCUCUUCUGCAGACAACCAACAUGCUGUUUGUAAUUGGUGGGGUUUCCCAGGGACCCAGUAAUGCUGUGGAGGCGCUGUGCAUACAGGAAACAGUGUGACACAAACACACACAAGCAAGAAUAUGUGCAAACUGGCACUGAUAUUUUUCUUCAUGUGUGUGAACACAGACACAAACACAUGAAAUGGAUCCACAGAUCCUGCUUGUACUUUUCUACCUUUAUGUCCAGCUGAUGGAUUCCUCUUGUACGCCGGGCUGUAGGA